CAGGCCCAAACAAAUAAAAACCCUAGACAUCCGUGUGACUGUGUGGAUAGAGAUACACACAGAUAUAAACCGGAACCAUUGGUGUAUCUAUAAUUUUACCACAGGCAGCCAAGUGGUGAGAAAAAUGGUGUCACUCAAGCUUCAGAAGCGCCUGGCCUCUAGUGUUCUCAAGUGUGGUAAAGGAAAGGUUUGGCUCGAUCCUAAUGAAAGCAAUGAAAUCUCCAUGGCCAAUUCUCGCCAGAACAUUAGGAAGCUGGUGAAGGAUGGGUUUAUCAUCAGGAAGCCAACUAAGAUCCACUCGCGAUCUCGUGCACGUAGAAUGAAGGAGGCCAAGAGGAAGGGCCGCCAUGCUGGAUAUGGUAAACGCAGAGGUACAAGAGAGGCUAGGUUACCAACCAAAGUCCUGUGGAUGAGGAGAAUGCGGGUGCUUAGGCGUUUGCUACGUAAGUAUAGGGAAGCCAAGAAGAUUGAUAAGCAUAUGUACCAUGACAUGUACAUGAAGGUUAAAGGUAAUGUCUACAAAAAUAAGCGUGUGCUAAUGGAGAGCAUCCACAAAUCCAAGGCUGAGAAGGCCAGAGAGAAGACUCUUUCAGACCAGUUUGAGGCUAAGAGAGCAAAGAACAAGGCUAGCAGGGAGAGAAAGAUUGCUAGAAGGGAUGAGCGAUUGGCUAAGGGACCUGGGGAAAAAGCACCAGAAGCCCCAGCAGCUGCUGCUGCUCCAGCCUCUCAGGCUCAGGUGUCCAAGAAAUCAAAGAAGUAAGCAUGAGUUUAUGAAACUGAUAUUGGAGGCUUUUCGCCGGAUGUUCUUUCUGGAGUACUAUUUUUUGAAACCUGUUCCCCCCCUUUUUGCUAAAUGCUUAUAUUUAGAUGUAAGGAUAAUUACAUUGUUAUUUUGAACCAGUGAAUGGUUUGACUCGUACUAUUUCUAGUUUUUGCUCUGCA